AUGCUUUUUUGUUAAAAAAAAAACCACACGUGAAAGCAAAACUUCCGUAGAAAAACAUAAACUAAAUAAUUUAAGUUUAAUAAAAUUUUUUAUUAAAUUGUUUGGUACUAUAAAUUAGUUACUUAACUAUGCAAACAAUGACUUCAAAAAAAGCCGAACGUUCUGAGAAAAAAAAGAAAAAACUUGCUGCUCUUGCCAAUUUGGUUAAAUUAAACGAUAAAGAUCGUGAAUCUACUUCUAGCAUUGCUGCAAGUAAUACUCAAUCCGAUAGUGAUAGUUCUGAUGAAAAAAAUAAGGCAAAAAAGUCCAAAGUGAGUGAAGACAAGCACGAGGACGAACCUAAAACCAAAAAAAUCAAACUAACCAACGAAGAUGAUUCACAAAGCAAUGAUUCUAGUAGUACAAAUGAUGAUGGCUCUGAAGCAAAAAAACUCAAUCUUACCCAAGAGCAAUAUGUCCAACUAAAAAAAGAACUCAAAGAACGUAAACGGGAACUCGAAAAUGUACCCAAAUUUCGACUAAGACCAGCAGGCUACAGUGCCAGUUUGGAAGUACCUCAAGAAUCACGAACUCCGAUAUUUCUAACAGAUGUCCAGCAUCUUCUUAUGUCGGCUCUGAUAGGUAAGAAGUCCCCAUGUAGCCCAGAUCGUUGGUGUUAUCUUGAAAAACCUCUAAGAUUGUCUCACACACUCAUUCUUGUCCUCGAUGGAGUCUCUCUUUAUCAUUAUCUCUCCAACGAGGACAAAUUUAUCGAAACCAAGAAAAUCUUUGAAUCUAAACUUGAAGUUGUCUUGCCAGUUCGUGGAGAGAAUCAUAUAAUCCAAGACUUGGCAACAGCUCCAUUGACAAAUGUUCAAACCGAGGAGCUAAUUGCAAAGUAUGGAUCACUUGAAGCUGCCAUCGAAAUGACCAAAGAUCCAACAUUGCUUGUUAAAUCAAUGUUUCCUAUCGAUCCCGAAGAGGAAGCAACAACAGAAGAAGGAAUUGAAAUCCCUAAACAAGAUAAAUAUCCAAGAACAAAAUUGCUUCUAUCUGCUCUUCAGAUGGUUGACGAGGGUUAUCCGGUGCCUCUGCGGGGGGAACUUAAAAGUCGAUUCAAUCAAUAUGUAUUCACAAAAGACAAAUACGCACCAGUUACUCCGAAUAGUCCAAUGUUUGGUGUCGAUUGUGAGAUGUGUCGCACAACAACUGGACAAAAUGAACUCACACGUAUCUCGAUUGUAAACGAGCAAUACGAAACAGUUUACGAGACUUUGGUCAUGCCAACGAAUAAAAUUGUAGACUAUCUCACCAAGUAUUCGGGAAUUACUCCCGAAUUGAUGGCCACUGUGACUAAAAACCUGAGAGAAGUUCAAAAGGAAGUGCGGGCUUUACUUCCAGCCGAUGCGAUUCUUGUUGGUCAGUCACUUAAUUCUGAUUUGCAUGCCAUGAAGAUGUUACAUCCGUAUGUUAUUGAUACGAGUGUGAUUUUUAACAUCACAGGAAAUCGAAAAAGAAAGUCGAAAUUGCAGACUCUGGCAAUGACUUUCCUCGAUCAAAUGAUUCAGGAAAAGGCAGGUGGCCACGAUUCAGUUGAAGACAGUUUGGCUAGUAUUCGUUUGGUGCAACUUAAAUUGAAACAUAGUUUAGAUUUUGGGGAUGAGAUUUUGUAUCAGAAAAGACGAGUGAAUGAAAUCAUUCGCUUAGCUACAGCUGAUUCAAUAAAAAACAAUCUCUUUGGGCAGGUUUCAACAAGAGAUAAGCGAACGGCUAUUAUUAAUACGGGGCCAAUGCAUCCUGGUGUAAAAGAAAUCUGUGACAAAGCUACAGCCAACGACAAACUUAAAUCGAUUUUAUGCAUUGAAACUGAGAAUAAUAAAGAAUCAGUUAAGAAAACUCGUGAAAUUGCAUUAGAACAUGCACUUACAAUUACGAAUCUAAGUGUUGAGCCGGAAAAAUUCCAACUCGAUCGGAUUGAUGGUACAGUAUCGAAAAUAGAUAAAUGGAUUUCUAAAUUAUGGAAGACUGUAGCUCAUAAUGGAUUGUUUUUGGUACUUUUUGGUGGAGCGGAAGAUUCUCCAAGUGGUUUGUUGCAAGUGGCAAUAAAGAGGAAUGAAGCUGAUGUAGCGGAAGCAGUGCCGAUUACUGUGUAGUAGGUAGAAAAGAAAAAAAAAACAAUUUGU